CCUGACACGAGUGGGGCAAGAAUACGAUUGUACUUUUUGGAGGUCUUGCAGGGUGACUUGGCUUUAGCCCGUCGCUGGAGUUGGGGAUCAGCGGUUCUCGGGUACCUCUACCAUAACUUGUGCAACGGCGCGAUGUGGGAAACCAAACAAGUUGGCGGUUGUAUGCACUUGUUACAGAUUUGGGCUUGGUCGAGGAUUUCGAUGGUCCGUCCCUCAGCACUUCAGGUCAUUCAACAUGGCCAUCUUCCAUAUGGGUGCAAGUGGAUCGUCCCCAAGUCAUAUAAGGGAUCCCCAAGACAUUGCAUACGCUUGUACCGGGAUGACCUAGACCGCAUGACUGAGAGUCAGUUGAUUUCACUCCCUACGCGUCCGAGAUGCUCCCGCCUCUCAUCCUUAAUGAUGCUCCGCUUUGGUCGGCUAGAGUCAUGCUCAUAUUUUGCAAUAUGGCCGAAAUGCAUUACCCGGAUCGAUUUCUUCGGCAGUUCGGUAUAAGGCAAGACAUUCUGAAUGCUCCUUUGCCGGGUACUGAUCAUCACGGAUCUCGUUCCAACAUAGUGAUCGGUGCCUUGGCGAUGUGGGCGGACAUACAACAUAAUAUAUACGUUCUUGAUUAUGAUCGAUAUAUGUCCCUCGAAGCAACUAAAAGGUACCGAAACUGGUACAAGAAGCAUGGUAUGACACGUGUCCAGAACCCUUCUCACAAUGUGCCCACGACAGGCUACACCCCAACAGCACACGAUUGGGGUAUUGUGAAGCCAAGCGUUCACGGGGUGUAUCAGCUCUUAGCCGAUCGCGCGAGUUAUGAGGAUUGUCAAAAACGAUUACGGCAGAUGGCCCUGGAUGUAGGUGAUGAAGAUAUGCUCCACCGGGGAAUAUUCCACUAUGAAGAUGAAGAUGCAGGUGGAAGUGACGAAGAGGAUGAUUCACAUGAACGUGAAGAUGGGGGUGAGGAUUCACAAGCGCCCCCUCAAUUCUCAACACAGGGUGUCACAUUUGAUCAACCACCCCCUCAAUUCUCAACGCAUCAAGGUGGGUCAUUUGAUCAACCACCGCCGUGUUAUGAUUCUUAUCAGUGGUCCACAUGCACAACCUGAUGAUUAUGUUGAGUCAUUUCUGAAUUCGUCUUUUUACUAUGGAGACACAACGGGGGCUUGGAACACUGGCGGUGGGGAUGGAGCAGGGCCGAGCACGCAACAUUAGAUGUAGUAUUAAAUUUAAUUUUAUAUGUACUGUCUAUUCAUUAAUAAAUUAUAUUGAAAACUACAUUUGUUUUGUUCACUUCCAUUAAAAUUAUAAAAAAAAAUUCACGUAAAA